AUGAAGACAGAAGACCGCUAUAGAGCGGGAGCGAAAGCGCGCGGACAGUCUGCUCCGAGAAAGGUGCACAUCUUUGAAAUCGCACCUCGCGAUCCUAACUAUAUUUCUACGGAUACUGUGAAAACGGAACUGUACCAUCACGGAUAUCGUGUGAUCAAAUCUGUAGGCGAAGGAGCCUAUGCCAAAGUAAAGCUGGCCGAAGUCAUGGCCAAGAAAUUGGCCCGGAAUGAGGCCUUAGCAGAUAUGGUGGAAACUACCAAUGCUCUGACGGUUGCCAUAAAAGUCGUCAACAAACAAGCGGUGGCCCAGGAAUUCGUCACCAAGUUUCUGCCUCGGGAAUUGGAGAAUCAUUCCCAACUUCAACCACAUAAGAACGUGGUGAGAGUCUUUGAAUCCAUCAACACACGAGAUAAUGUGUACAUCGUGAUGGACUACUGUCCAAAUGGCGAUCUGUUGGAUCUUAUAAAUCGCCACAUUGGAGAAAACCAAAAGGGGAUAGGAGAGGAGAAAUCUAGGCGGCUGUUCGCCCAGCUGUGCAGCGCAGUGCAGCAUAUCCACAAUGCUGGGGUAGUUCACAGGGAUAUAAAAUGUGAAAACGUAUUGCUAGAUGAAAACGGUGAUCUAAAAUUGACUGAUUUCGGGUUUUCUUAUCGUUAUGAUGAAAAAGACACAAUGCUAAGUACAUCGUGUGGGUCCUUUGCGUAUACAGCUCCGGAAGUGAUCCGAGCUAAUGGCUACAAUGGUUUCCGGUCUGACAUCUGGAGUCUGGGGGUCAUUUUGUUUGCAAUGGUUAAUGGUCGUCUGCCAUUCAAUGACGCGCAGCUAGUAGAGAUGGAGGAAGAGAUGAAGAUGCAAAGACUGAGAUUUGAACGAAACAUUUCGUUUGAAUGUAUGACGUUGAUAAGAAAAUUGCUGCAGUUUUCUCCACAAAAUCGCCCUAAUAUUGGAGAAGUGCUGAGAGACUGCUGGCUGACUGGGAAGAAACCCAUCCCCAGACAGCUGAACCGUCCACAGGUGGAGCCUUCAGUGAAUUCGACCGAAGAAAAAAAGAAACACAAUGCUGCUGUCAAGAAAAGCUCGGGUCAGAAAUCCCAACCGGCGUGUUACAAAACACUCGCACACAGACAAACGGCCGUCACGGGAACCGUAACUCUGAACCAAGAGGCCGGAGAGACAGUCUUCCUGAAGAGUCGCAGACAAUACAGUCCCAAACGCCCAAAUACAUGGCCAGUGGAUGCGAAAGCCAACCCACAAGGUUCCCCUCCCCCACAUCGCCGCUCACCCACCAGGAAGCAGAGGACAAAGGUCACCAAUGCUCAAACAAGUCCUAACCCAAGGCAGGCGAUAGAGGCCAUGUUGGAUAGGAGGAUUCGAGAAGGAGAAGACACUGAUUUUAGCAAAAAAGUCCCACUCUGGUUGAUACAGAAGGUUUUGGAAACAGAGCAAGAAGCUAAAAAAUCAGACAAGAAGGAAACAGAAAACGGUAAAGUCCAGGAGCAAAAUCACGUCGUUGAGAAACGCAUUCAGAAGAAACACUGCAACGAAAAGCCAUUCAUUGGACGAAAACAACACGAUCCUGCUGUUAAGGACAACCCAAAGCCGGAAGCUAUUUGUCCAGCAUGCACAGCUUGUGGGCAGCAAGCUACAGUUGCUCGUGCAACCUCUCCAGCAAAGAUUGUGGUUGCUGCUCAACACAAAGUCAAACGCCCGGCCGCCCAACCUCAGCCACAGCCAAAUGUGGAUCAUAGGAAAAACAGCGCUGUUCAAAAUCCACCUAAGGAAAGUUAUGCUAGUGCUAAGCCUGUUGCAAACAAUAAGGUCGUUUCUCCACCGAUCAAAAGCGACCUACUGAAUAUAGAGCCCCAUCCACCGCCCAAACCAAGGUCGGCCGCCGUACCCCAGAGACGAAGAUUGAUCUUCCUCAAGGAUGAAAGCGCUCAGAAGGAAACCGCUAUGAACCCUGGCACCAAAGUUAGGGUUCCUAAUGUUUCCCAGAGCGAGGGGAAAACCAGCAGCCAUCCAUCAAAGAAGAAGAUGGGAGGGGUUGAUAAGAAGGAACGCUGCGCUGUAUUAAAGAAAGUGUCACCAGAAUUGCCUCCAAAAUUUAAAGAGCCAACUAGAGCCGUGGUCAGGGAACAGGACCCGACCCCCGCCGAGCGCGCCAGGAGCUGCCGCAACCGCCUGAUGGAGAUCUACGGCAACAAUGACACCGCUAGCGACAAGAAACCUCUUCCCCCUUUGGUUGUCAACAACCAGGCCUCCAUGGUCAAAGCUGGACGUAAUGGAUUGCAGGGGAAUCCCAAGCCGCCCUCUGCUACCAGCAGGAAGACCCGCCUGCCAGAGAGCAGCAUUGCCAGUUACAGCCGAUCCACACCCCCUCACGUCAGACGCAAGGUGGUCAUCCACUACCCCUAAAAAGCUUCCGAGGAAGGAAAGCAACAUUCAUAGAAUAGAAAGGGGAAUCUAAUUUCAAUACAUAUCUUGUUUUGAUUGAUAUGUACUUGGGGUUUAUUUUUAGAUGAAGAAAUUUUAAACGUGAACUUUGAAAAAAAACCGAUUUAGUAUUUUGGUGCAAUAUGACAUCAGAUAAUUAAUUUCCUAUGCAUAUGAAUGCUACAGUUGAUUUGCACAUUUGAGAGCCUUUUAUUGGCACCGAAUUUAGCAUUAGAUGUGUGAUAAUUAGUUUUGAUAACGAUUUUCGGUGAAACAAUAUAAGCGGGUAUUUCAAUCCCUUAUUUUCACCCGUGAUUUUUUGUUUAAGAGGUAAAGAUCAUUUUAUUUUAAUUUUGGUGCAAUAUGACUUAUCAGAUGAAUAAUUUCCUAGCAUAUAGAUGCUACAGUUUUGUUGCACGUUUGAGAGCCUUUCAUUGGCAUAGUAUUUAUCAUUAGAUGUGUGAAA